AUGAACGAAUCAUGGCACUUCGCUGCCGACCGGCCUGCCGGAGUGCGGUCCUCGGGCACUCUGAUCUACCAGGACGACGAGUCCGCCUCUGAAGGGCCGGCGGUGGCAUCCGACAAGGCCGACGACAUGGUCAGCACCGACAGUCCAAAGCGUCGACGUGGCCGCCGUACUGCGCCCUCGCCUCUGCCGCUGCACGAGCGCACACCUUCGCAGAACAACCGCAUGUCUGGUAUCCGCGUCGUGCCCUACUCACCGGCGCGCAUUGCGGCUGACGCGGAGACGCGCAGCAUCGCGGCCUCGUCCUCGAGCAGCACCCGGAUCCGCCUAUUCCUGGCCAAGGACGACGGCGACGCAAACGAAGAUACCGACAGCACACGGACCAAGCAGGCCAAGCGCAUAAGCCGCGGCAGCUGGGGUUCGCUGAUCGCAGCCACAGCUGCAGCCGCUGUCAACUUGGCAUCGCCAUUGCUGUCGAGGACGCCUAGCCGGACGCCCAGCCGGACGGGCAGCAUCCGCACGUUGAGUGGUAGGUUUGGAAAGAAGACGGCAGCAGCCACUGGCGACACAACCAGCGAGCCGGGAUCAGUAGUAUCGACGCCCAUCAAAGCCAGCCGAUCUCCAUUGGCCAACUCUGGCACCAACGAUGUUUCAGGCCCGAAACGCGCAGUCAGCCCCACAGAAAAUGCCAACUGGACGACGCUCCUUCACAGCCCCGUACGUGCGUCAGGUCAGCUUCCCCUGGACUUCCCGGACAGCCAGCUUUCACAGGAUGGCCGUGACGACGAGUCGGUCCUGGCUCUGCCGCAGGAAUAUGACCAGUCGCCAGCGCCAUCUUCGCCCGAAUCGACAUUGCCAGCAUCUGCCGCAUACGCAGCAUCGCCAUCGUCAGCCUUGGCCGACCUGCCGCUUCCCCCCAACAUCUCCUCCACAGGCUUUUCUCCACUUUCCCCGUCCGCUUCGGUCACGUCUCUCGUCUCCGUCUCGUCGUCUCAGCUUACGUCCCGUCCGAGCUCGCGUCCAGGAUCGCGUCGCCACAAGAUCGCCGUGCAUUCCGACAAAACCUUUUCUCUCGUCCCACUCGCCUCGGUCGCUGCCUCGUCCAACGCUUCUCUCGCCACCGAUCCGACAUCCUUCCUGCGGUCUCCCCCGCUCACCUUCUCCUCCCCCACCCUUCGCUCGACUGUGUCGAACGACAGGCUUUCGUCCAACGUCUUCAGCAGCGUCGACUUCAACAGCUCGUUCUUGUCCACCAACCCAACCGCGCACGACCGCAGCAGUCUGACAUCCUUUGCCCCGUCCUUUAGCUCGUCCUUCGCCCACUUCUCUGGGGGAAGCGCCAAGGCCAAGGCCAAGAAGAACGACACCUCCUCGUUGGACGACAGUCUGCCCGGCGGCCUGCGCCAGGUUCCUACCACCCCUGAGCUGAAGCCCAAGGGCAAGGGCAAGGGUCGUGCAGUCUCUCCCAAGCGAUCCCACCGUCAGCUUGCCUAUCACUCCUACCUUCCUCAACUCUCGGCGGCUGGCAACUCCAUCAUUCUCCUCCCAGCCCUCGCCGAAGCCCUCCCCAUUCCCGCUUCCGCCGGUACUACCAGCACUGCCGACAAUUCCGCAGCCGCCUCCUCUGCCAAUUGGCGUCCGAGGAAGAAGACUUCAUUUGGCUCAGAGCAGUCGGCCGGUGCGCUCUCAACCAUCUCCUCCCUGCCGUCUGCGAACACCAACUACGAGAUCUACGCCCACAGCCCGUCGCUUGUCCCCCACGACUCCUCUGACAGUCUCGGCUUCGUCCCAUCGUCGACCGGCUCUUUUAGCGACUUGGGAAACACGACCAACAUCGAGAUCCACGAGCGGUCCUCCCCCGUCGAAGCAGCUCCACCUCUGCUGCCUGUGCUUCGGCGCAACAUCGAUCCGGACCAGACCUUCACAACGGUGGAAUCGUAUGAGGAGAGCAUUGACCAGAGCCCCAACAUCGUCGUCUUCGGCGCAUCAUCCCCGCCGACUUCGCUGCCCUUCCGCCGCCCCGCCCUCGACGAGCGCUCAUCCGAGGCCCACCUCUCCAGCAGCCCGCCAUAUCCGCCGCACACCGCCGAGACUGAAGACAGCGAGCCCAAUUACGUGCUGUACAGCGAGCCGUCGCCACCGCAACAGCUGCAGCUACCACAGCAGCCGCAACAACCUCAACAGCUGCGGCAGCUGCAACAACGCCAGCACCCGUUCAGCUCAUCGUCAGUUACAUCGUCAGUCGCAGCCGCCUCGCGCCAGCUCUGGCGCGCUUACUCGCAAGAGAGCCUGGUAGUGAGACCUCUGCAACCGGCGCGCAAGCAGCCCAGCGAGCAGUUCGGCUACUUCAAGUCGCGAUCGCGCGAGUCUCUCCGUCACGCCGCGUCGAUCAAGUCGAUCUCGUCUGUGAUCCUCAACCAAGAGACGGCUAGCGUUUUCUUUGCCGGCCAGGCCUUUCUCAAUCUCGCCCACCCCCCGGUGCCCGUCUUCUCGGCGACCAAGCGCGGUCCUCCGGUCUCGAUCACGACGACAGUGCCCAGACGCAAGCCCGUGUCACGACUUGCACCCCCAAUCGAGGACCGGGUCCGCGAACGAACACUCACGCCCUCGAUGUGGUCGCCAUCCGCAACCUCCUCCGGCCAGCGGCCCCAACGAAGCGCGCAGGUCGACGCCAUGGCCGAAGAGCACGCGCACCAGUGGAGCUCGCAGCUGUCGACGGUCAUGUCCGAGAGCGAGGCCGAGAGCAGGAGGCUGUCACACUUUGCAUCCAGGUCCCGAUCUCGAUCUCGGUCUCGAUCCGGCUCUGCCAGUGCCCAUGGCCGGCGGUCGAGCAUCGGCUGGGCGGCCAGCAGCAGCUCACACAGCCGCAACAUGCCGAGCAUCUCGAGCUCGCUGGCGCUGCAGCUAGACGAGGCACGAUCGCACCGGCCACGCAGCGACCCGCUGCUGCCCGAGCGGCCACAACCAGCCUACGGCAUGCCGCGCACGACAGUCGUCCGCGACCAGGACGAGCACGGCGACGGCCUCGCAGACCUCCACGACGUAAUGCUGUGGCAGUCGCCAUCGCGGAGCGCCAUCUCAGGCUUCUUCUCUAGCAGCAACAGCUCGUCGCGCAACCUGCACUCGUCGGGCAGCUCGCGCAGCAUCAACAGCCCGAUCCCGGCAUGGGCCCGCGUCUACUACGGCUCGGGCGAGCGCAAAUACCUCGCCACCAGCGUGUCGGACGGCAGCAUGUGCGGCGACAGUCGGAGCCGCCGCGGCAGCGCAAGCAGCAGCCGGCCAGGGUCCAUGUUCCGUCGCUCACCGAGCGUCGACCGCCGGACGCCGAUGCACAUCUACAACGCGCGACGAAGGCCACGCGAGAGGAAGUCCGGCGGCCCGGCUGGCGAGCGGCCGUUUUCCGACGCAGCCAGCAUGGAGAUGGGCGAGGGCGGCGAAGCCGGUGCUGGCGGUGUUCUCGUGCCCGGUCAGUACCGCGUGCGCGGCCUGCGCAAGAUCACCAGCUCGCUGUGGUCGCCACAUCUGGGCCAGGAUCGACGGGCGGCGCGCUUCACCGUCUGGGAUCCGCCCAGCGUGUCGUGGAGUGCCGAGACGGGCUCGCGGCUGAGCCGACGCAGCACACAGAUUGCAGCUUUUACCGUCGGCUUCAUCUUUCCGUUUGCCUGGAUGGUGGCUGCUUUCCUGCCGUUGCCUCCCGAUCCGCAACGGGCGAUGGAGAAACAGGCUGAGAGCGAGUUUGGCGUGCCAGAGGUGCUUAAACAGCGCAUCACUCAGGCCGACGAGGUCCGUUUCCAGAGCACUCGUUGGUGGCGGACGCUCAACCGGUGCAUGUCCGUGCUUGGGCUGCUGAUUCUCGGCGCCGUCAUUGCUCUGAUCGUCGUCGGCGUCCAGCAGCACUGGGCCCAGUAA